UAAGUCAGAGCAUAUGUCAACCGAGCAAGCUACUGAAUAGUGCAACACAAUUUGUCACCUCAGUCCUUAUUGUUUUUAUAUGCAAAAGCUGACCGCUUAUUUAGCUUUAAAAUGGACUGUGCUUUUGAUAACCUGGACGCGGCUGGAUUCCUGGAAAUCUGGCAGCACUUUGAUGCAGAUGAUAACGGUUACAUAGAGGGCAAAGAGCUUGAUGACUUUUUCCGUCACAUGAUUAAGAAACUGGCUCCACAGGAGAAGGUGACUGAAGAGAGAGUUCAGAGAGUGAAGCAAAGAUUUAUGUCUGCCUACGAUGUCACUGCUGAUGGGAAACUACAGAUUCAAGAGCUGGCCAAUAUGAUCCUUCCUGAAGACGAGAACUUCCUGUUAAUUUUCCGCAGAGAAACUCCUCUGGACAACAGUGUUGACUUCAUGAAGAUAUGGAGGAAGUAUGACAUCGAUUCCAGUGGCUACAUAUCAGCUCAGGAGCUUAAGGUGAGGUUGUCAGCCCUGUUCCAGCAGCACCGCAAGAAGGUGUCGUCUGACAAGCUGGAGGAGUACACUGACACCAUGAUGAAAAUCUUUGACAAAAACAAGGAUGGCCGUUUGGAUUUGAAUGACUUAGCCAGGAUCUUAGCAUUAGAAGAGAAUUUCCUGCUCCAGUUCCAGAUAGAUGCCUCCAGUAAAGAGGAGAGGAAGAGAGACUUUGAGAAGAUCUUUGACCAUUAUGAUGUCAGUAAGACAGGGGCGCUGGAGGGUCCUGAGGUGGACGGCUUUGUCAAAGACAUGAUGGGGCUGGUCAGGCCUAACAUGACAGGCCCUGAGCUGGACAAGCUGCGAGCCGUUCUGCUGCAUCACUGUGACGUCAACAACGAUGGGAAGAUUCAGAAAAAUGAGCUUUCUCUCUGUCUGGGAGUCAAGCCUAAUAUUUAGAGAUGAUACAGUUUCAUACAGUAUCAUCUCUAAACAGCAAUUAUAGUGAAUAAUGGUAAGGUUAAUGUCUGAUUACUAGGUUAUUUAAGAUCAAUACUCGUAAAGCUCCUGAAUACGACAAACACAAUUUGAUACUGUGUGAUGAAGAUAAAAAAUGAUUUACUGUACAUCUUCUAUUGCUUUAAAUAACAGUGCUUCUUGUGUUUGCUUUAGAGACAAGAAAAGAAUGAGAUGUGAAUGUUUUGUGGCUAAAAAUCUGUUAGAUUAGUGGUGUAUAAAUGCGUGUGCUGUUCAGAGGACAUGUUAGAGUAGCUUCUAAAAACAAUGUGUUCCUCAUUGUAAUAUGAACUUCUGUUCUUUUAGUCUGGAGCAUGUUGGCCAUUACUGAAGUUUGGCCAUUUGCAUGUUUCUCUGCCAAAAACAGCUGUAAUGCAAUAUGUUGUUAUUGUGAUUUUAAUAUAAAUCAGCUGUUGGAAAAAUAAAAUGAAUGAUGAGCAUCUUGAUUUUUCGUUUUAUGAUG